AUGAAACUGGUGCUCGUAAGCACUCGUGGAGUCCGUUCACUCAAUUCAACCAAUUUUCCGGCUCCAUGGCCAUUUGUGAAGAAAGGAGCAUUUGGACAAAGGAAAAUCGGUCCAAUGAACUACGAAAAAUUCAAAUGGCCCGGACAGAAUCGCGAAUUUCCAGAACUUUCUCCGAAAUUUCAGAAAUUGAAUCCAAAAGAGUUGCAUAGGUACACCGGAGUCCAGGCGGACGGAUUUCACGACGAAAAGACUGGAGAGUUUGUACCGGUGAAAGAGAUGCGAUCAGAGCUUGUUGUACCGAAUUUGGAUGGUUUCAAACUUCGGCCCUACGUCUCCUACCGUACAGAUGUUCAAAUCGAAAAGCGACGAGUUGCGUAUGAGAAGAAAGUUUUGGAAAAAGGAUCCGAACGAUUGGCUGAUUUACAUACUGUUGAGGAUGAGAGAUGGCCACCACCGAAAAUGUCAGCUGAAACAUUGUUCGAAUUGGCGUACGGCGACACUGUCCGAAGUGCAUACAAGGAGGGAAAAUAUGGAAAUAAAUAAUGUUAAAUCGAUUUUUUUUUCAUAGAUUUUUCAUAUUUUAUAGCGAUUUUUCUGUUAUAUUUUUUGUUUUUGUUGAAAAAA